CUUUUGGCCAAGAGACGCGCGUGCCGCAACGAACCACAACAAUAACAACAACCACGAGUCUAAUUACAACAAGUGCGUAGUGAAACGCGACCGAAAUUCAUCCAAAGCCAAAAACCAAACAACUUUGACUUGAGCCCUCCCGAAAUUGGAUUUGGAUCUGCCGCUGAUUCCUUGUGAUCGCUCUGACAUUAGCAAAUGCGGCACAAGAGUCGACGCGACGUCUGCUUUGAGAGACAAUAGCAAUUACACCCAGCUACAGACGCGCAGCGAUUGCUUAUGUAAUCUUUGCCAGCAGCCAGUCAGACAGCAAUUGACAUUUGGAGCUAAGACGAGGGCGCAACAAAAACAAAAAACAAAAAAAGUUAAACCUCGCUAGCUGCUGAUCAUGGACGGACACAGGCCGCUUGAAGAUGCCGCUGGCUUGGCUAAUAAUGAGGCAUCAUCAACAGCAGGCAGCGUCAACGGGAACGGUAUGCGUCGUCAGCCGACCAAAUAUCCGCACGGCCUCAACAUAACUGUGCAGACCAUCGAUGAUGGCAAGGCUGAUGACUACUCCCGCGCCUCCACAUUAAGGAGCAGCAGCAGCGGCAGCGAUGCCGAGUCCUGCUGGACCGACACCCAGAAGUAUCGCAUCGGCAUGCUUGGCAGUCCCGAGACGCUGGCUGAGCUCCAGGUGCGCCGCUACAAGUACCCCCUGACGGCCAACUAUUAUCUGAACCGGGCAGCUCCCUCCGCUGGCCAGCAGCAGCAUGAGAAGCCCACGCCCCUGAUGCUGUUGGGCUAUGCCAGGCGCGCCUGCCGCUGGAAGUAUCUGCGCUGGCCCAUCAUCUUUGUGGCCAGCGUGCUGCUCUUCUUCGGACUGAUCACCUACUGCCUCUGGCUGCACGACGUCAGCGUCGCUCGAGCGCGUUUCCUGCAGCGGCGCUACGAGGCGACCAGCUCCAGCUCGACCACUGAGUGGGAGGGCCUAUUCGAUGAGGAGACCACGGAGGUGCUGGCAACUACCACAGCGAAUUCCAAUGUUAUGCAAGAGUCUACGCGACUGAGAGCCAUCGAAAUAAACAGGGAGCACACGACUUCCAUGUCCGUGACGGAGGCGGAUACGCCCACGGGAGACGAUGACUAUGAUGAUGUACUGCUGCCUGCAGACAGCAUUCGCUUCACCUCCGGCCACCAGAACAGCUUCGGCGUGCCCAUCGAACAGGAUAAACGAAUGCUGCAGCUACUCAAAGAUCUACUACCGAAACCACAGUCCACACCCCCCGCCAAUGUGCAUCUGUUGACCCGCGUGUCGCCGACUCUGCCACCGCCCUCGGGGGUCAGUGGCAGACCGACUGAGGCGAUGAUCACGACGCCAGCGAGCAGCAUUGGCAGCGGCUGCAUCUCAACGGCGUUGCCCAUGUGUCGCGGUGUCCUGGACUAUGAUCUGACCUACAACAAUGGGAAUGAAGCGCCACGGGACGCCGCCUCAAUGGAGGCCUAUGAGCAGCUCAUCAGCGCCAACUGCUCGGCACGCGCUGUAGAGUUUGUCUGCGCCGCCCUGGAGCCUGAGUGCAGGCCCUUGCACAUUGGACAGCUGCCGCCGUGCAGGCGCAUCUGCAAAGCCAUACUGGAGGCCUGUUCCAUUGUCAUCGCGAACUCGGACCAGCUGAGCGAACUGUUCGACUGCAGCCAAUAUCCGGAUGCCCAUGAGACGCACAAAUGCGAGGAUCCCACACGCAGGCGUAACUUUUGCUAUGGCAAUGAGUUCCAGUGUCACGACGGGAGCUGCAUUCCACAGCAGUGGCAGUGCGACAACAUCAAGGACUGUGCCGGCGGCGAGGACGAGGAUGAGCAGUGUCUGGUGUGCGAGCACGAAGAGUUUCGCUGCCGCUCCAAUGAGAAGUGCAUACCGGAGAAUCUGCGCUGCGAUCUCAACUACGACUGCUUCGAUGCCAGUGACGAGGAGGACUGCGACGAGUACGGCUCCGGCGAUGCGGCGCCCUUUGACGAGGCCGAGCUGAACGCCUUUCCGCGCAUUUUCUCCUACGCUAGCUUCCUGUCGCCGAACGAGACAAACGAAAAGCUAUACACUUACAUCACAGCCACCACGGAUGAGGAGGCCGGCACUGAGACCAAGUUCCAGGUGCAUCAGGUCGCAGCGCCUGCGCCAGCAGGGAAUGCCAGCUCAGAGGAGCCGGCAGCAGGCGGCGGGCCCAAGGGCUUUGUUAACUUUCGGGACAGCAAGGAGAUCAUGAUGACCAGCGAUUCGGAAAACAAGUUCAAGUAUUCCGCCCAACGUGCCAAUCGCACCACUAGCAAGUUCAGCAUAUCCACAGCCACGAUGCCCACCCGAACCGCAAGUGCGAUCCCACCCUCGGCUCUGGCGCAGCAGCGCGAACGGGAGCGCAUCGCGAUCAGUAGCUCCAGCAGCAGCACGAGCACCACGUCAAGCACCAUGGCCACGCCCACCAGAGCGCCAGGACGCUGUCUGCCCCACGAGUUGCGCUGUGUAAGUGGCAAAUGCAUAACCGUUGAUCAACUGUGCGAUAAGCAAAUAGACUGUCCCGAUGCGGCUGAUGAGAUCAUGUGCGUCUAUCGCGAACGACCCAGCGUGCGCGGACUUACCACUACAACAACAAUGAAGACCACGCCCACAACAAUAUUAACAACAACAAAAACAGCAGCAAUAAUAACAACAACAAGGGCACCCACAACAACGCCGCCAAUGACCACAACGAGGCGUUCGGUGCGAACCAGCCCAAAUCGAAGUCGAAAGCCCAAGUCCUAGACAGCUAGGAUAUUAGCUGAUGUACAUUAUAUGGAAUCUUAUACUUAUAUUAAUAUUUAUAAAUUACUUUCUUAUCUUUCUAUAUUGUAUCUUUCGAAUGCGCGCUCGCUAUGUGUAUGAUAUAUUAUUGGCUAGAUCGUAAGUUGUUAGUAGAUUGUUUGACUAUUUUUAUGUACCAUCUGCCAGACGUGUGUUUGGUACG